UAGCACGGCUCUUCCCUAGAGUUUCCUUUGAGAAUUGAGUUUGUUUGGGCAUCCAAAUUAGAUCAUCGUCUUAGUCAUUGAAAGAAAGAAAGAAAAGAAACGAGGGAAUGGGGAAAAAGCCGGUGAGGAUGAAGGCGGUGGUGUACGCUUUGUCGCCGUUCCAGCAGAAGAUAAUGAGUGGGCUAUGGAAGGAUCUGCCUGACAAGAUCAGCCACAAGGUCUCUGAGAAUUGGAUUAGUGCUACUCUCCUCCUCACCCCUCUUGUCGGAACCUACGCUUAUGUUCAAAACUACAAAGAAAAGGAGAAGCUGGAACACAGGUAUUGAAGCCAAGUCAGCGGGAAGUCUCCAUUUUGUCGGAAGAACUCAGCUUUUUAUAAGUUGAUGCAACUUUAUUAAGGUUGCGUGCAAUGAUGAGCCAUGUUUUUUUGGUUGGUAUUGACUUAGUCUUGAGUUGGUGUGUUAUGGAUAUGUAAUAAUGAAUUUGGAACAUUGUCUUUCAUUUAAUCAUUUUCGUUAGAAGAAA